AUGCACACUGGAGCAGUGGGAACGAUGGAACUCGCUUCAGUUUCGGAUGUUUUCAGCUACACGUUGCAGAAAACUCUCCGGGAGCUUGGGGAAACGCGUACCCUCCGUGGUAAAGGCCCAGUGCUCAACACGUUGAAAAAUCUCCUCAUCGGAAAUACCGAACGGAAAGCUUGGGUCGUGGAAAGUGGUGCGCUCGCGAAGCUGCUUGCGUACUGCGCUGAAGAUGCUGUUCGAAUGGACAGUUCCGUGAAGGAAGCGUUGCUGGCGCUCCUGGGAACGCUGUGUUACGGCGACUGUCCACCUGCAGAGGCCGAGAUUUCACAACAACAGCGUCUCCCGCGCUUUAUUGCCGACUCGUUGCAGCAGUCGUCGCCUAAUGCUCUUAAAGUCGCCGCGUUGCGCACCAUGCGGCAGUUCACGGCCGCUAGGUUACGCGUUGGUUGCGAUCGAGCGCGGUUUGCCUGGCGGAGUGCUGACGCGGAGGCACUGCUCCGUUGUGUCCAACAGGAUCAGGGCUUGGUCAGAUUGGAAGCACUGAAAACCAUUGCGGUAUGGGCACGGCACCACGAAGGGCGCACACAGCUGCUACAGGCGGGAGCGAUGGAUGUCAUCGUCGCGGAUCUCAAACGGAUGCCAGAUUCCAACCUGAACACCGAAAAUGACGCAGACGUGCGUACCGUGGACUCUGAUGGCUCUGAAGAGGAUGCGGAUGACCCAGGAUCGCUCAGUACGACCAUGCUAGAGUUGAUAUCGACGUUUAUCGAGGACGCCCCCGCCGCCGCAGCGUUGCUUGCGGAGACCUUUGCGCGAAACUCUCGCAGUGCAAAACGCUUCUGGCGGGGUUUGUACGAUCCGGUACCGCUGCGGAGGUUCUUCAGUGUCAAGAUUCUGGCGCACCUGUACAUUGCCGGGAUGCUGAAUGACGCAUCGAAACUCGCCGCCACCGCACUGCCGGUAUUGCUCGCGCUGUUAGCGUCACCGAGCCAGCCGCAGCCCGGCAAAUCCUGGACGCAAUUCGGCAUCUAUUUCGAUCCCAAGGUGCCCGCUCAGCAGCUGCGGCAAGCAGAAGUCGUAGAGCUUGUGGAAAAGCUCCUGGCCAGCUCUUCGCAUUUCCGGCGAGUUGCCCUUGAUGUUGGCGCCAUUCCGGUAAUUGUGAAUGUUAUCGAGCAGAGCUGUGAUCGAUUGGCAUCGCUACCGGAAUCCGUGCGUUCCCAGGAGAGCAAGCGCUCUAGGCUGGAACUCGCAAGUCCCACGCGAUGUGGACGCACAUCUGCGGCUGCCUCGCUGCCAUCAGCCAACCCGGGCGCCCAGAGCGAGCGUGAAAGCACGUCAGCGCUCCGAGCGUUGGCUCUGAUCGCCUCAAAUGGAGAGCAUACUCAGCCUAUUCUUGUAGACGACAAACUUAUGGCGUUGCUAUUGAAAUUACUGGAAUGGGUACGGCGGGCGCCCCCAGAGCUAUCGUUCGGCGUGGCUGAGGCAACCGCCCAGGCGCUGGCUUCGCUCAUGGCAUUGAUCCCGAACCGACAGCGUCAGGGUCUGCAUCCGAGCCUCAGUGAGCGCCUUCUCGACAUGAUUCUGACAAGUUCGGCGCCGUAUGUCGUGCGGUGCGCGGCAUGUGAUGCGCUUGCGCAGUGUGCGAUGCCACCGUGUCCAUUGGGAACAGCGCUGAUGAAUCAAGAGCGCGCUCUCCAGAAUUUAGUCUCCCUUGUCCAUGACUACCUGCAUCGCUGGGACCUUUCGCAUGACUCCGGCGCGCGAGCUGCGAAUCCCGAAGCGCUCAAUGCUGCCGAUGUCUGGCGUGGCUGCUCUCCUGCGUUAGGCAGCGCGGUCGGACACGGCAUCGCCGAGAGCAAGCAAUCCGGUCCUAAUGCAAGACAUCAGACGGUUGCACGUACCGAACAACACCUUGUGGCGAAAAUUAUCAAAAUCAUCCGAAUAUUGGCGCUUGCAGCAUCGAGUUCCGAGAAAAAAUCGCUGAUGGACCUUUUAACAUGGCGAUCGCUCGACAUGCUCACGGACGUAAGGCAAGCCGCGGACGUCUGUGCGCAAUCGUGGGCGCUGCUUCACAACAUCGUCUACUCCAACGGCGAUCAGAGCGAGCACGAAGCAUGCUUGUUUCUGGUCCUGCAGAGCCCAAUGGGGCUGUCCGAACGCCUGGACGCUGCGUUGCACCCGGACACGCACGUAGACGUACGCGUCCAUGCAUUGAAUUUUCUCACGGUUGUGGCGGCUGCGGAUGCGAUUCCACUGCGAGCGCAAGUUCUGGCGCGUCGGGAGCUCUUACAACGUUUGGCAAGCUUUCUCAAAUCGUCCGAGGUACUGGAACGCUUCCUUGCUUCCUGGUGUUUUACCAACUUGUUGCGGUAUAUGCCGCAUCGCCUAGACACGCUGAGCGUUCAGGGAUUCCACCGCAAAACCACAGCGGCCCCGUUGCCCCCGGCUGGUGCAGCGGAGCCCCCGCAGGAACCCGAUCAGACCACGAAGCAAGUCAUGAGGACGAUUCGGAACCAUCUCGCCCAACUGGAGGUGCUAGUACUGCUGCGUCAGGUUGCGGAACAUGACGCAGCGCCUGAUGUUCGUGAACGAGCCCGCAUGGCACUUUGGAACGCGCAGCUAUGGCGUCGAAUCUGCGACGACGACAGCAGCAGCAGCGACCUCGACGCCCGCUUCACAGUGCCGCUGGUACCUGCUCGCUGA